GACAGUCGAGCAGUCAUUCACGGAGCCGUAGCAACGGUGAUCAGGAAACAAGUGAGCUCGUUUUCUCUUUAGCGUGGACGCGCUCCCGUGGAUAUACCGCGGCGCCACAGGCUUCUCGGGGAACUGGGGAACUCGCCAACUGCAUGGUUUCAAAGUCCCGUAGUCCCUAGGCACGCGCAGCAGGUAUCUUCUCAUCUCCAAACCCCAUCCCCUGCGCUUACAAAGGAGUGUUGCCAUGGUGGAUGUGAGCAAGUGGCCUCUCUUCACCCUUUUGAGUGCACAGGAGCUCGCCUCCAUACGACAGGCAUGCAUCUUUGGAGCGUCUGCGAAUGAGGCCAUCUACAUCACCCACGAUGACGAAGUGUACGUGUUGGGGUUGAACUGCAGUAAUUGUCUGGGCACUGGAGACAGUCAGAGCACAAUCGUUCCUAAAAAGCUGGACAGUCUGACUGGAAAGAAGCUGGUCAGUUUGAGCUACGGCAGUGGCCCUCAUGUUCUUCUGGCCACAGAAGAGGGGGAGUUGUAUGCAUGGGGGCAUAAUGGAUACAGUCAGCUGGGAAAUGGGACGACCAAUCAAGGUGUGUCUCCUGUUUUGGUGACAACUAACCUGCAGAGCAAGAAGGUGACCGAGGUGGCCUGUGGUUCUCACCACUCUUUGGCUCUGACCCAUGAGGGUGAGGUGUUUUCAUGGGGCUAUAACAACUGCGGUCAAGUGGGUUCAGGGUCCACCGCCAACCAGCCAACACCCCGCAAGGUGUCCAACUGUCUCCAGAACAAAGUGAUGGUCAGUAUAGCUUGUGGACAGACUUCAUCCAUGGCUGUGGCGGAUAACGGUGAGGUUUACGGCUGGGGUUACAAUGGUAACGGCCAGCUAGGCCUGGGCAACAAUGGGAACCAGCUGACACCGUGUCGUUUGUUUGCGCUACAAGGCCUGUGUGUGCUGCAGAUUGCGUCAGGUUACGCUCACUCUCUAGCACUGACCGAUGAGGGCCUACUGUAUACGUGGGGGGCCAACACUUACGGCCAGCUGGGCACCGGCAACAAGAGCAACCAGCUCAGCCCUGUACAAGUCAUGACUGAGAAAGAAAGGAUUGUGGAGAUCGCCGCGUGUCACUCCACGCACACCUCUGCGGCGAAGACCCAGAGCGGUCAGGUGUACAUGUGGGGGCAGUGCCGAGGACAGCCCAUCGUUCUGCCACACCUCACACACUUCAGCAGCACAGACGACGUCUUCGCCUGCUUCGCCUCGCCCUCUGUGAUGUGGCGGCUGCUUUCCAUGGAGCAUGAUGACUUUCUGACCGUGGCCCAGUCCCUUAAAAAAGAGUUUGACAAUCCUGAGACCUCUGACCUUAAGUUCAGCAUCGAAGGGAAGUACAUCCAUGUCCAUAAAGCUGUUCUCAAAAUCAGGUGUGAGCACUUCAGAUCGAUGUUUCAGUCACACUGGAAUGAGGAUAUGAAGGAAGUGAUAGAGAUCGACCAGUUUUCGUAUCCGGUGUACCGCUCUUUUCUGGAGUUCCUCUACACAGACAGUGUUGAUCUUCCUCCUGAAGAUGCCAUUGGGUUACUGGACCUGGCAACCUCAUACUGUGAAAACAGGCUGAAGAAGUUGUGCCAGCAUAUCAUAAAGAGAGGAAUCACGGUGGAGAACGCUUUCUCUCUGCUGUCUGCUGCCAUCAGAUAUGAUGCUGAGGAUCUAGAGGAGUUCUGUUUUAAAUUCUGUGUGAACCACUUGACUGAGGUCACGCAGACGGCUGCGUUCUGGCAGAUCGACGGCAACAUGCUGAAGGAGUUUAUCUGCAGAGCCAGCCACUGUGGAGCCUUCAAAAACUGACUCUGACGGCCACCAGAUACACACACGCUCGGUGUCUUAGUCAAGGAGCCCAUCUGUUACUGCAGCCAGUCCUCCUCGCCGCUAGAGGGCGCUGUGUCUCCAGGCGGUCAUAGCACACAGCGCCCCCUGUUGAGCAGGAGAGGAACUCUUUCAUAAUAGAUGACAUUCGUGAAGAAGGGUCAGUGUCUGUGUCAUGUACAUCUGUUACUGAAGAUAGUCGGAAUGGACUUCAUGUUUAAGAGGCAUAUUGCCUAGUUAUUAACAAUAUCUAGUGCUGCAGAUGGGAAGAGUGUUGUAAAAAAAAAUAUUUGGGCCAAUCAGAGACAAAAUUCAACUGUAUUACUUAAACAUGCACCACUGAAAAGCAGACAAAGAGACUAAAUCAGUCUUUUUGUUUGUCCCUUAUACUUUAUAGCACGGGUAUUAUUGAACUAAUUAGAUUUGUUUUUCUUGCAGUGAUGCUGUGCAUUACAAAUUGUUCUUAUUGUAUUGUAUUGGCUGGGAUCUGUUCAUGUGCUUUCUAUUGGAUAAAGACAGCCCCUUAUUUUGUUCACUUAUUUUUGUCUAAAUGUUAUUGACCAAAAGAAUUUCUGCUAUAUGGUGUUUUUGUUUUUUUGCUUGAUCUGAGUCUUAAAAUAUAGGCCUUUUUUUCUUUUAUAUUAUUAUACGUUAGGAAGACUGUCUUUUAUCGCUUAUCUGCUGCUGCUGUUGCACUUAACCAGUCUAAUGUUUAAGUUAGCUAAAAUAUAAAGAGUAUUAUAGUUGCACUAGAUGUUUCCUGUGCAGGAGCUGCUCCUAUAAGAUCACUAGAGGAUGUAUAUGAAUUUUUACAGCUGCACCUUUUUAAUAGGUGUGAAACACUUAGGGGUAAUAAUACUAAUGCCUAUGGUAAGUGUUUUUUUUGUUUUUUUUUGUUACAUAUUAACCAACUGUAUUUGUUUUGUUUUUUCCACGUGUAUAUACUGUACAGUUUUUGCAUUAGUUUUGUAAAUUAAUCUGUGCACAUUGUGCGCCACAGAUCCUCUUGUAAGUUAUAAAAAUGAAAAAAAUAAAGCUUUUCUUAUAAGUUGCA